CAGCGGCUUCCGCCGUUAACGACGAUUUCCGUCUAAAAUGGCGGCCGAGGUCAGCGCUUCUUCGCCAGGGGAGCUCGAAGAGGAUUUUCUCGAAGAAAGGCUGUCGAAACCCAUCACUUACUCACCCGAAGUGGAAGAAGCUAUUUCGCAGGUGUUUAAGAGUGAUGAUCCCCUUGACAGUAAAGAUUUUAACCCAGUCGAUUAUAUAAACUCAAUUUUUCCAACUGAACAGUCCCUUGCCAAUAUAGAUGAUGUUGUUAAUAAGAUGAGACUAAGAAUCAGGGGUCUUGAUGAAGAAAUUAGAACAGUUGUCCGAGGACAGACUAACAUUGGCCAUGAAGGAAGACAAGCACUUGAUGAAGCUCAACAAGCAAUUCAACAGUUGUUUGCAAAAAUAAUCGACAUCAAAGAAAAAGCUGAUAAAUCAGAACAAAUGGUGAAAGAAAUCACAAGAGAUAUCAAGCAGCUGGAUCAUGCAAAGCGACAUUUGACAAGCUCCAUUACUACUCUUAAUCAUCUCCAUAUGCUUGUUGGUGGAGUUGACUCUCUUGUGACUUUGACCAGAAAGAGACAGUAUGGAGAGGUAGCCAAUCUGUUACAAGGAGUUGUCAAUGUUUUGGAACAUUUCAAAAAGUACUUUGGGAUUGCACAAAUACGGGAACUGGCAGACAAGGUGAAAAAAAUACAAAGUGAACUUGGUACUCAGAUAUUGGCAGAUUUUGAAGAGGUCUUAUCUGUGAAAGGGAUUAAGCCGCCAUCAGGACCUAAUUCACAAUUAGCUGAGGCUUGUCAAGUGGUAAAUGUAUUGGAUCCUAAAGUAAAGAAUGAGUUGCUCUCCUGGUUUGUCAAACUCCAAUUAGCAGAGUAUCAACAGCUUUUCAAUGAGUCAUUUGAGGUUUCUUGGCUUGAUAAAAUUGACCGCCGGUAUUCCUGGUUGAAGAGAGCUCUUGUGAAGUUUGAUGAAGACUUUCAAGGGACAUUUCCGCUUGAAUGGCAUGUGGAGGAGAGAAUCAGUGAAGAAUUUUGUAAAAUAACCAAAAAAGAUUUGUCAAAAAUUAUGACAGCAAGAGUUCAAGAACUUGAUGUCAAGCUGCUUUUGUUUGCCAUCCAAAGAACAACAACCUUUGAAAGUUUAUUGGCUCAGAGGUUUGUUCAGCAUGGCUAUGAGGAGAAAGGAGAAUCAAAGGAGAAAGGAGACAAGCCAAAACAGUCCAAGUUCUUAGGAAUUAUCUCAAGAUGUUUUGAGCCACAUCUUCAUAUUUAUAUAGAAUCACAAGACAAAAACCUAUCAGAAUUGAUGGACAGGUUUGUUCAAGAUUUCAAGUCUCAGGGAAUCCCCAUGGUAGAAGGUGAUGGAAGUAACGUUGUAUUUCCCAGCGCUGGUGAACUAUUUGUGUUCUACAAAAAGUGCAUGGUACAGUGCUCACAGCUGAGCACCGGGCCCCCGCUGCUCUCGCUCACUGCGGCAUUCCAGAAGUUUCUCAGAGAGUAUGCUACCAGAGUACUCAAUAACCAUCUCCCUGUAAAGAGCACAGGUGGCUUGGCUAGCAUCUUGAAGGAUUCUGGUGAAGUGAAAUUCAGCAAAGAAGAGCAAAGUUUGACUUGUUGUAUUCUUUGUACAGCUGAUUAUUGUCUGGAAACAACUCAACAGUUAGAGGAGAAGUUAAAGGAGAAAGUUGAUCCUGAAUUGGCGGAGAAAAUUGACCUCAAUGGGGAACAAGAUGUAUUCCAUAGUGUCAUUUCGAACUGUAUCCAGCUGCUUGUACAAGACUUGGAGAAUGCUUGCGAUGCGCCCUUGACAGCAUUGAUAAAGGUCAAUUGGCAAAGCGUAGAGGCUGUAGGAGACGAGAGCUCUUAUGUGACAGCCAUUUCCAAUCACCUGAAAGAAGCCGUACCUCUUUUACGUGAUUACCUGUCCUCAGCAAGAAAAUACUUCACUCAGUUCUGCGUAAAGUUUGUCAAUUCUUUCAUUCCACGGUUCAUCAGCAACUUGUAUAAAUGCAAGCCAAUUAGUACUGUUGGCGCUGAGCAGCUGUUACUGGACACUCACUCUCUUAAAACAACUCUCCUUGAUCUUCCCUCAAUCGGCUCAAAAGUGCAAAGGAAGCCUCCAGCAAGUUACACUAAAGUGGUGGCGAAGGGAAUGAAAAAGGCAGAAAUGAUAUUAAAGGUCGUUAUGUCUCCUCACGAUCCCGCGGUUGGAUUUGUGGACAAUUAUAUAAAGUUACUUGCUGAUACAGAUACUUCUAACUUCCAAAAACUACUGGACAUGAAGGGUUUAAAGCGGAGCGAACAACACAGCAUGCUGGACCUAUUUCGCUCUCGUCUACCCUCCCCUCCGGCAGGAAGUGCGCCUGGAGAGUCUGCGGCUGUUUCUUCUCACACCGCAACCGAGCAGGAGUCAAGUAGAAUAAAAAAACUAGAGAGACUGAUAAAAAAACCGUUUUAGACCAACACGGUUUUUCAUUUCUUCACUAAAGAAAAAUACGCGCGGGCUACACGCUUUGGACGCUUCGGUCAACUUGAAGAAACUCAGUUGGCAUAUAAAAUGUGGGUUUCUUUCUUUUCAUUUAUAACGAAAUCAACAAAGAUAUUUUUAUUGAUAAUGGUACUGUUAAUGAUUCUUUUUAUUGGCCCCUCCCUUGAUGGGGAGAGUUUUUAUUCAAGAAGAAUUGGUGUAUGUUGCUUCUCACGAGAUAUGUUGAAAUGAGAUUAUAUAUAUAUAUGUAUAUGUUAUCUCUUCAAGCUAUUUUGAAUGAUUACAACAAUAGGAGUAAGCUCUAUUAUCACGACCAAAAGCUCUUUAAGUUUCGCAAAAGCGUGUGACUUGAAUAACGAAAGAUAUCGUUUCUAGUGCUUCGAGUGGAAUUGUUCAAAGUACUGGGAAAAGUGUUAAUGGUUUGCUUUCCCGCAUGGCGCAGUGUACUGUUUGUGGGAGUCAUUUCACUUUGUUUAUCGUCACCCAUAGCGGAAAAAAUAAAAAAAAAAAACAAUCUUAUCAUGGGAUCAUACUUUCUACUGUGGAGAA